AAUUUAGUGAACAUUUGUCUAAUCCAAGUCGAAUGAAAUCACUAGCUUGUGUCGCUGUGUAUCGAUCGUAUUUCUGGGGCUACAUAUAUUACGAAAGAACAAGCUGUUCGAGCAGACUGCCUGCGAUUUGCCAAAUCUACAAAUCUAAACCUACACCAGCGCCUACACCAUCAACUACAGCCAUGCCUACUCCACCAACUACAACCACAUCUACGUCACCAACUACAACCACCACGUCUUCAACAACAACGCAUCGUCUGCCCGCAACAACGAGUAGUUACGUUUCACAACACUCUGCGACAACUCUCCCAGCUCAGAAAUCGGAUGGAACAAGUAAAACCCAGAGACAAGUCGGCUCAGAGAGUGAUUCAGGUGGUUUGGUAGCUGGUAUUGUUGUUGGGGUACUAGUAUUGCUAGUCUUGGCAGGAGUUAUCGUACUUGUAUGGAUGAAAAGAAAAAACAGAUUUUGCUUCCAGUCAGAUAAAAUGGGCAAUCCAAGAAGAACUGCAUCGCCCAUCCACGCGACAUCCUCAGUACCCAACAACUAUGAACAAUAUGACGCUGAUGUAACCAACAGAGUUCAGUAUGAAAAUGUGGCAUACUGUGCUCAGCCAAACACGAAAACCACACGUGGUCCAAUCGCUGUUAUGUCCAUCGACUACGACCUUGCUGCUGCAGAUGACGCACUACAAGGACCUCGUGUUUUUGCGGAUCUACCCAAUGGCAUCAGGCCACGUGAUGACUACGAACUGGCGAGUCCAGAUGACACAAAGCCAGAAACGACUUAUUCAGCAAAUUCGUCCAGUUAUGCCUGUCCAGGUGAUUACUUUGAACUGGAGGGUCCAGAUGACGCAAAGCGAGAAACAGCUUAUUCAGCAGAUUCGUCCAGUUACGGCUGUCCAGGUGAUUACUUUGAACUGGAGGGUCCAGGUGACUCUAGACCAGAAACAGAUAACUAUGAACUGGAAGGUCCAGGUGACUCUAGACCAGAAACAGGUGACUAUGAACUGGAAGGUCCAGGUGACUCUAGACCAGAAACAGAUAACUAUGAACUGGAAGGUCCAGCAAACACAGCUGAGUACGCAGUAGUGGACGGAAAAAUCGCUUCUGAUGAAUACAACACUCUGCACGAGACACAACGUGACAUAAACCUAGAUGUGAACUACAGCCACAUUGGUGCGGCCGAGCUAACUGAAGAUCUGUACGACACGACAGAACCGGCACCACACGGACGGACAGACAGUGAGACCUACAGCCACAUUAAGGGAGACAGAUUUGAAGACGAGGAUAUGUACAAUCAUACGGACGGGUCUGAUGACCCACCUGAGCUGUAUGAUCCAGAAUACAGCCACAUUACUACACAGUAGAUGUGUGUCCGUGCGAUAAUACAUAGUUAUACAUGUUGCAAACCUCCCGACUAGACACAUUCUGUAACGGAUACAUUUUUUAUAUUGAAACAAUCUGGAUAAUAUAUGUUUUUGUAACUAUGGCCAACAUAGGCCAAGCUUAGUAAAUGACAUAUACAUUGUAAUAUAUUUAUAUUGAUACAAUCUAGAUAAUAUAUGUUUUGUAAGUAUAGCCAACAUAGGCCAAGCUAGACAAUAUUCUUUUCGAAUAUAUAAUACUUACAGUGGCGGAUCCA